ACUAUAACUGUCUUCUGUUAAAUUUCCGUAGCAUAUGCACUCUCAUGUUUAUGCUCAAUAUAUUUAUAUAGUUGAAUACCAAUUAACAACAAACAGCCAGACCACUUAUUGGACGAUGCUGAUUCUGCAAUCAAGAAACUUGGGCUGAAGAGGGCAGAGGAAGGGUCCUAUUUAUUUAAGUCACUCCUCGCAAACAAUGCACAAUUAGCAUUUGGGUCUGACUGGCCAGUAGCUGAUAUCAAUCCACUGAGAAGCAUCAAGACCGCAAUGGAAAGAGUACCUCCUCCAGGCCGCGAACAACGGGAGGAGCCAUGGAUUCCAUCUGAGCGCUUAAGUCUAAAGGAGGCAGUCGAUGCGUACACAAUCUCAGCCGCCCGGGCAUGCUUCCUUGAGAAAGAUGUAGGAUCACUCUCUCCUGGAAAGUGGGCAGAUUUUGUGGUUUUGUCUGCUGAUUCUUGGGAUUCCUCCUUUGCAAAUGCUGAAGGUGUGGGAUCUACAACAACCAAAGUCCAAGCAACAUAUGUUGGUGGAACCCAGGUUUAUCCCAAAGCUAAUUAUAAUGAAAUGGAUCUUGAGAGAGUAUGAAAUAAACAUAUUGUGACAUGUAUGCUGUAUGCAAUUAUGAAUGCAGCUAGGGGUUGCAAAUUUUUGUGCUCAAACUAGAGAUUGUGACCCCUUGAAUUGCCUAUUUGAACUGUACCGAUUGUUAAGGUGAAAUUUAGUAUUGUUAGAGUGUGUGCCUUGUUCUGGAGGGGUGAAUUGGGUUGCAAGAGCUCAUUUUUACCCCAAAGUUUAUCGAAGUAUUAAUGCUAAAAAUGAAAUACAUAAAAGCAAAGAGUGGAU